AACAGUUUCUCCUUCCGCCUCCUCGUCUUCAGAAAACAAGCAAACAGAAAAACCUGCUUUCUAAAGCUCCUGCAACCAGUCACCAUGGCAAUGAACACCUCAUCCAAAUAUGACAACAUCAACUACAAGACCGUUCAGAUCCAAUCAGGACCUCCCUCUGUCUACCAACUGAUAACAAAACCUGGGCAAAUUGGCAUAAUAAGAAAACUGACUCUUGGUGAGAAAGAUCCAACAAGGAGAAACAAAACCAUCUUGCUUGUGGGCGAGACAGGCUCAGGAAAAUCCACUCUGAUCAAUUUUCUGAUCAACUACGCCAUGGGAGUGGAGUUCGAACAAGAUGUCUGGUAUCAGAUCGUACAGGACGAGAAGAAAAGUCAGUCAGAAAGUCAGACUUCAGACGUGACGGUGUACGAGGUCUUUGGUCUGGAAGAUACAUCUCUGCCCUUCUCUCUGACCAUCAUUGAUACGCCUGGAUUUGGACAUACGGAAGGAACUGAACAAGAUGUCCGCGUCAGCGAAAAACUUUUGGACUUGUUCCGCUCAAGGGACGGAGUUCACGAGAUCGAUGCAGUAUGUCUGGUGGUGAAAGCAACAGACUGUCGACUGAGUGACCACCUGAAGUACGUCUUUGAUUCAGUUGUUUCUCUGUUUGGGAAAGACAUAGAGAGAAACAUUGUAGCCCUCAUCACAAACUCACAGUUCUUCAACCCUGAUAAUGUUCUAGACGCCCUGAAAGAUGCGCAUAUCAUGUGUGCAAAAGACAAGGAUAAUCAGCCUGUUCAUUUCCUAUUUAAUAACGCCCAGAAAACAGAGAAAAAUAAGAAAAAUGAACCUGCUCUGAAGUAUGCUUGGGACUCAACAAAGGAGCAGAUGAGUCAAUUCGCAGAUUUUCUGGAAAGCACCAAACCUCAGGACCUGACAACGACAGUGGAAGUGCUGAAUGCACGGAUCAGACUGAAAGCCUGUAUCCACAACCUGCAAGAGAGGAUUGAGUUUAUUGAGAAGAAACAGAGAGUGAUCCAACAGACUCAUGAAGCCCUGAAGAUACAAGAACAAGACAUGACAGAUAACAAGGACUUUGAGGUAGAGUUUGAUGAGGUCUUCAAAUGUAAAGUAGCGAUCAGUGAGAAACGAUGGUGGGCGUUGGGGUUAAACUAUGGAGGAGCUAUCUGCUGUGAAGUCUGUAAGGAAAACUGUCACCAUCCAUGCACACUGGCCUGGUAUCCAAAACACUGCGAGGUCCUGCAAAACAAAUGCACUGAAUGCAACAUAAAGUGUAAAGUACCAGGCCAUAAGAAGGAGCUCUACUGCACCGUGUGUACUGGGAAGUGUCACGUAUCCAAACAUGUGAAAGAAAAGCAAUGCACUGAAUGUGAGGCUGAGUGCAGCGAUCCAACUCAUCAGAAAACACCCUGGAAAUAUGUGAGCAAGACACGGAAAGUUAAGACGACCAUACAAGAGAUGAAAAACAUGUAUGAAAAGGGUAAAAAAGAAAGUGAGAAGAAAACGAGCCUCUUGGAAACUCUUCAGGAGAACAUAGAAGACCUUCAGGAGGAAAAAGAUCAGUGGCUGGAAGAGUCUUUCGGACAUGUGGUCAAACUGGAUAAGACCGCCCUGCAGGUGCAUUCGAUGUCCACUCAGGUGCACCUGGACUUCCUGAUUAAGAAGAUGAAUGAGAAGCGAGACACGGAGAAGGUCAAGAAACUGGAGGAGAUGCAAAGUAAAAUGGAGAAAGAUAAAAUAGUCCAUCACAAGAGGCGCUAUGUUCCCAGUAUAGAAUUUGAUAACCCUUUUACAUUUUAAAUGUGUAUUUCCUGGAAACAGCAACCUUUGUGGUUUAAUAUUUAAUAACCACUCUAUACUUCACUGUGCACAUUAAGGCCAAAUCAUACUUUCCAUUCCUUUGUGACUCUAAGUGUUCGAUCGCCAUGUCUGAGAGGGUCCACAUGCAGCAUGAAACAAUGAAUUUGUGAAUACGAGGACACCGUUUGUUGGCUAACGUGUUGACUAUAUGCUCUUCUAGCUGGUUUCCAAGAAGUCAAAAGUUAACAAACUGAAUGAUUGUUAGGAAGAGAGGUUGACAUGCCAUCACCAGCAUGAAUAUGAUUUACCUUUAAAGGAUGAAGACAGACAAACUGCGUUGAACUGACAAACAAAAAAACGUGGAUUGAUGAUGGAACAUUUGUAAAAUUGACCAAUACAGACUCUCAAUUGUUGCUCUGGUUUGAA